UCUCGGUUCGGAAAGUUAGCGUUUGCAUCAUUGAAAUAUGAGAUCCUAUUGUUAAUAAUUCGAGUGACCUAGAACGUGCUAGUCAUAGUUUUUCAAGCGUACUUUUAAUCAGAUUUUCGCACGAACAAUAGAAGCUAGUUAUGGUCCAUUUAAGGUACGCGAUUGCUUCGCUUUUGGCGGUCGCCAGUUUGUUGCAGUCAUGUCGAGCGUUUUUCGAUCCGAUCACUAUUGGGUAUGUCUCUUUUGGAGUUGGCAGCGCAGCUUUAGGUUGGCUUAAACGAGGAUACCUCGCGGAAAUAACCUACUGCAAAUUCGAAGAAUGUUGUAUGAAGCCAUACUUGAAAAACGAUGUAGAAGGUUUGCGUAUACAGCUUCAAAGGAACUUGUUCGGCCAGCACAUUGUUGAAGAUGCGUUGAUUGACGCACUAAGGGGUCAUUUUAUUAACAUUGAAAGAUCAAGAAAGCCUUUGGUAAUGUGCUUUGACGGAACCACUGGUACAGGAAAAAAUUAUGUAGCAGAUUUCAUAAUAUCUUCUCUAUUUGAGAAAGGUAUUAACAGUAAAUAUGUUCACAAGUAUACUGCUGACUUCUGGUUUAAAUAUCCUGCCAAUAUGGUUACGAGUAAACUCAUCGGUGAAAUUAAGCAAUCGAUACGAGCUUGUCCCUAUUCACUGUUUGUGUUUGAUGAAACGCAACAAAUGCCCAAAGGGGCACUAGAUUCGUUAGUUGCACUAUUGGACCACCAUACUUCCUCCCCGGAGUAUGACUACACUAAAUCAAUUUUCAUUUUUCUAUCUAACAACGCAGGCGCGGAGAUAGCUAAGCAGCUAAAACGGCUUCUGGAUUCUGGCAGUUAUCGAGAUAAAACAAAGCUAGUGGAUUUUGAACGCACCAUUGAGUUGGCAGUUUACAAUAUGGUCGGUGCACUAAAGAGCAGUAAUCUUAUCCAGUCCAACGUUAUUGAUCACUUCAUUCCGUUCCUACCGCUCGAAGAACGUCAUGCAAAGCAGUGCAUUGAAAAAGAAUUUGAAUUGUUUUGUCCUGGAAGGAAGACCCAAGCAAAGAUCGAGGAGGUUGCGCAAAUGACUAUCACCUUGGAUGCGGACGGAUUGUUUCAGAAUAGCGGCUGUAAACGUAUUAGUAAAAAAGUUGAGGCGAUGUGUUACAAUUAGUUUAAGAUGGAAACGUUUAACACAUUUGGUUAUGAAAUUGAUUCCAGUGAUUUACUUUGAUGCUGUGGGAUAUGAGGAAGGGUAAUAUAAAUAUUUUGUAAAUUCGAGACAAGUUUACACUUACUUUUAAAAAUAUGGAAGAGAAGUUGAUAUGAAUACAAGUGUAAAGUGGUAUUCAAACGAUAAUAAAAAAUCAAGUAUAGUUUGUGUGAGCUUUUGACUUGAAUGGCAAUAUUCCUCCUGAAUGCGAUAGUCAGAUGGAUUCAAUCGAUGAUACGAAACACGAUAUCUAAUAUUUUUGUAAAAA